UUAAAAUCGCACCGGAAUAUUCGCUCUUGGUCGUUCCGAUCGCGCGUAUCGCAGCAGUGUCCGAGGAGAGGAAAAAAUAAGGUUGAGUGUUGGGCGAGGAUCGAGCGGGUAAAUAACUCGUGACGAAUAACAAUAAAUAUAUACGAGGACAAUUAAUAAGGCGGGAAAUAUGAGACGAUUAUUGGCAAACGUAUCGAAAAAAAGUUCGUAAAAAAAAGAAUAUUCGUAAGCCCGGAAUAAUCGAGUGCGUACAGUUGCUGCGAGGAGACGAAAAGAGCCGUGUUUCGUGGCACGAAAAAGGGUGCCGGAUUACCGAGCCUGCUUCAGCCUCGGAGAAAAUGUAAAGGAGAAACGUGACACGGACGGAAUAUUAAACUGUGAAUUCCAUCGUGUGCCUCCCUCCAACCUCAGUGUAACAACUUUCUUCCGACGUUUUUUUCUCUUUCGAUACUCUCCUCAAACCCCCUUUUCUUUCACUGGAUAUCUUUGAUCUCAAAAGCUCUUGGUUAAGUGCGGAGUGAGCGGCGUUAAACCGAGUGACACACUACCACAGAGAGAACCUCUCUCUCGAUUCUCACACUCGCGAGGAAAAACAGAAGGAAUAGCUGUCGACGCCUAUCCGGAUGCUGAGGCAUGCGCCGUAAACAUAACGAGAUUGAUGUAUCGCGGAGCGCAGAUUUCGAGCAUCUUCCUGUUGACAUGCUUGACAGGGGUGAGCGUCUCGCUCACCUCCGGACAAGAGGCAAAUUCCACUUCAGCUGAGAGCGUCAUUCCAUGCCCUGCACAAUGCAUUUGCCUUUCAUCCAAACAGGCGCUCUGCAACACGGGAGGACUGCGAGAAAUUCCAACGUCGCAAUUCACAUCGGCGGUGGAGGAAUUGUCCCUGACGAAGAACAACAUAACGAUAAUAAAAUCGGACGCGUUCGUCGGUCUUCGUAAUCUUCGUAAGUUGAGUUUGGACGGUAAUAACAUAACGAUGAUAAAGUCGUUUGCGUUCCGGGGUCUGAACAAGCUGACGGACAUAUCGAUACAGAACACACCGUUGCGUUACGUGGGCCAGUAUUCGUUCGCGACGUUGCAAAACGUGACGUCAUUGUUGUUGGCGUACAAUCGCAUAAGUUACAUCGAGUCGAGUUCGUUCGCGGGCACGAGUUACGUGAAGCUGAUAUUAUUGUCGAAUAAUCCGUUAAUAACGAUCCACAGUAAAGCGUUUUCGGGUUUGACGAACGUGGAGCACCUUAUAUUUCCGUCGGGAUUGCAAGUGAUCGAACCGGACGCUUUCAACGGUUUGCAAAACGUAGGUCAAAUAAAAUUGACGUUUAUGGACCUGAGCAGUCUGCAGCCCUUUACGUUUCGGGGCCUGAGUAACAUAGCGCGGUUGAACAUACAAGAGAGCGAUUUGGGCGCGGUGCGAGUGGAUGCGUUCACGGGCUUGAGUCACGUGGACAGUCUCAACAUAAUGAACAACAAAAUAGACGUGAUCGAAGAACUACGUUUGACCAAUGAGAACGCGGUUGGAGUGUUUCGUUUCACCGGCAACCACGUACUGUCGGCGCCACGUGCCAAAGACACGAAUUUCAAUGUGAACACGAUUCUCGCGGUGAACAACCACUUUCCGUGCGACUGUCAAAUUCACGAUGUUCUCGAGAGCGACCUCAUUAACGCAAGCGUCGAAGAAUUCCGUAUGAAAAAUUUUUGCAUCUCUCCGAUCGAGUACAACGGUCGAUCUAUGAGUCUCGUCGAUUUCGACGGAAUCGCCCGGUGUCACGAUAAGGUUAUGCAGGACAAUCUUGGCUCGGGCGGCCAGCGACCCCCCCCUCGUUCCCUGCUCUUCGUUCCCUUUGUUCUCGUUUUUUCUUUCACGUCCUUCCAACCGUUCGAUCAUCUUUGAAUCUUCGUUAAAAAUUAUCACGCGAGAAUAACCGAACGCAGAAAAAUUCGGGGCAAUGUUGCCAUAUCAAAAAAUACAUACAAAUAUACACGCGACCCGAGAAUUCGUUCGUUACGGAUCGAAUCGUCGACGAAAUUUCAUUUUAUUACUUACAUACCUCGGUAGUUUUCACUACUGCUGAAUAAAUCGAUAUACCCACAUAUCUAUAAAUAUACAUAUAUACGUAUGUACUCGAAAAUAUGUGCGUAUAUACGUAUAUUUAUUUAUAUAAUAAAAUAGCUACGAAGCGCUUGCAACUCUAAACUUUUUCCGACCUCGUCUCCGCCUAGCAGAACUGCCAUAUCCAGCGGAAUUACGAGCGAUCAUAUGGCUGUAAAAAAAAACGAGACGCGAUUCUUUGUGAAUAAACGUCUAUUACCUCAAAGUACAUCUCAUUCGUAUACGCUUCGCUGUUGUUGUCGAGGAACAACGAGAGAGGAGACAAAGCAAACAAAGAAAAGUACGUGGUAGAGGGGGCAAAAGCAUGGACGACGUAAAGUUGCGAGAAUAACCUCAAAAAUUAUUCACGAAUAUUGUAUAUCAUGGAAUCGUCGAGAGCGUAUCGAGAUAGGUUGAUUCUACACGAGAUGUUAUGAUAUUUGCUGUGAAAUCAUGCGAACCAAAGCUUGGUAAACGAUUUUCGAAGGGAGGAAUGAAAAAAAAACAAUAAAAAUACGCAAACGAGUAUUGAAAGAUAAAAAUUACGAUGUAAAAUCGAAUAUGCCUGCGUAACUUGUGCAUCGAUCGUCGAUAUAUCAUCGAUAAAUAAUAAUAAUAAUGUAAUUAUCGUUAUAUAGAUUACUGACUCGGCCUUUGUGUCGACGAUGAAGAAAAAAACAACCGAGGACCAUACUUUUUACAAACGCCCACACACACAUAUGUAAUCACAGAAACACGAAAACACGAAGAGGAAUAAAAAACAAUGAUUAUUUGAAAAAAAUGACGCUCUCUCGUCAUUGCGGACGAUCGUUAGAUCUGAUUUAUGUAAAAUGUUGAAAUACCAGUGGAUAUCAUUGUGCGAACGCUCGAAUAUGUUGCGCGAUCCAUUUUAUUGUUACAUAGCUCGUUAAUUAAUGAUGAGCAGCCGUGCAGUUAACACGGUGAAUAAAUUACACGAAAUUUCACAACCUUGUGUAGUACGAACAACGGACGGAGAGGAGGGUGAUUGUGAUGCUUUUUUUGUGCACCAACUACUUUCGAAUAAAUUGAUUCUGUUGAUUUAA